AUGGGCGCCGUCUGGUCCGCCCUGCUGGUCGGAGGGGGGCUGGCUGGAGCGAUCUUCGUGUGGCUGCUGCGGGACGCGGACAAGGAGCAGACGGACGCCCCUCUGGGGGGGGCUGCGGGCCCGGGGGCCGAUCCGGGCGGCGCGGGGGGACUGAGCCCCGGACCCUCCGGGCGGGAGCUCGUCGCCAAACCAGAGCAUCUUCAAGAAAGCAAUGGAUGUUUGGUUUCAGAGACCAAAGGCCAUGGUAACUUGCAGGAAGCGGUAUGGAGACAGCAGAGUCCUGGAAAAGACAGUGAUUGUGACCAUUCAAGAGAGCAUGUUCCUUCUGGAAGGUUUCCAGACCCGGAAUCUCUGGCCGCAUCUGAGACUGGGAACUCUCGGGGUUACUCUAAAGUCUCAAGAAACGAAAGCCCUGAGUCUCCUGGAGGAGGAUGGAGAUUCCAGAAAGGAAAAGAGACUCUUGCUAAAGUAGCUUCCUGUUUGGCAGAAAAGUUGUAUUCUAGCAACCUGGUCAUUGACAGAGCCAAGGAGGUGAGCCUCACACAGCUGAGCAAUCAGGACCGCGCGGACAACGAGGACUGGGAAAUGGUGUCCAGGCACUCUUCUUGGGGAGAUGUUAGUAUGAGUGGCAGUCUUGAGGCUCCAGGGUUAAGUCCAAACCAGGGAAUGGACUGUGGCCAAAUAGGAGGUCAGGAAGUGGACAUGAGACGACAAAAGGCAGGAGCGGCAUCUUCAGGGUCUCAGCGAAUCCGCAUCCACUUCCAGGUCCAUUAUGUGCCGAGCGCUGGUUCCCAGCUCGUGGCGAUAACCGGAGACCACGAGAGUCUUGGAAGGUGGAAGUCCUACAUCACACUCCAGCAUAGCAAGGAUGGGUUCUGGUUCCGCUCUGUGCCCCUGCCCGCAGACACAGUGGUGGCGUGGAAGUUCGUAGUGGUAGACAAUGGGGAGAUCACCCGCUGGGAAGAAUGCAGCAAUAGGUCCCUUGACACUGGCUGUGAGGAUAAAGUAGUUCAGAAGUGGUGGGGGAUUCCCUGAGUCCGCUUUUCAAAGUACCAGAGAGGCCGCUGCAGAAUCUGGCAAAGGCUAGGUCUGCGGAGCACACUGAGUGAUUUUCGAAAAAGGAAGUAGAACUCCAAGUUUAGCCAUCGGAGUUGUUUCAGGUUUGCCAGUGGCUUUUGUCUAAUGUGCAGAACUAUACAUAUGUAGGUAAUGGCUUCAGCGCGCAUGGCUGCUUUUCCCGUGGCCUUGAUGCGUGGGGUUUUGCUGGUCCAUCGUUCUUCAGGGCUUUGUCCUCCUGGGCGUGACCUGGCCAAGCCUCUAGUGUGGACAGGCCAGGACUCACACAAAGCCACCCGGCUGCAGAGGGCUCAGGCUCGAGCGUCUGGCUGAUCCUUAAGCCCAGGAAGGGAAGCAAGCAUCCUUCGAAAAGAGCAGCUUUCCUGUUGGUCCAGCUGGAGAAACUCCCCUUACUACACGCACACUUCAUAUUUAAGAAUAAUUAAUGCCAUAUGCAAUUGUGAUCAGAAAUAUCUGGUCGCAAGAUAUGAUUAGCAAGGAUGUGAAGACUUUUUUUCUUUUUCUUUU